AUGCCAAACUGUAGAGUGGUGUCUGAAGCGGCUGCAGUCGUGGUUCCAAAGGUUACCCACGACAGGCGAAACUUAGCAUUGCGCGUCAUCGUUAGCUCGUUGCACGUCGCUACCACGGUGUACCUCGUCGUGUGGGUGCUCCUCAUGCUGUUUUCAACCGGACCUAGUGUCGUCACUGCAAAGUUGUACCAGCCUAAAGUCACUGCUGCGGGGUACACCAUGAUUUCGCUCAUGCACGUUGGUGCGCUCGUGGGCCCCAAAUUGUGUCAUCGAAAGUCAGCUGCCACCUCACUGUCGAAGCCUCCGCAGCCCCCGCCUCCAGCUGUGACAGUGCGCAGACUCAGUUCCAAAACGCAAUCCAGAAUCAUUGUGCGUCGGCUCUCCAAGCGCGCCGCUACCGACUGGUUUGACCACAUGUUUAUCGUGUUCAACUUCAUCGUGAUCCUUUGCCAAGGUAGACAAGUGUACGAAAUGCUGAGCACGAUGGUCGACCCAACCAAGGAAUAA